UUACUGCUGCUGUUGUCAACCAACUACUGCUUGCUGUAGAGCGUCAACUCUCCUCUCACCGUCACAACAGUCACACUCGAACGGAAGGAAGUCCUGCUGGUUGCAGUUCUCUGCUCCGCAGUGCUUCCCGACGCCCGUAAACUCCGGCAUACUGGUCCGUGUGUAGUGUCUUCGUGGGUUUGGGAUUGGACUACUGUCGAAGGACACUGUCGAAGCAUGCGGAGGAAUUGGGCCGAGGCCCCGCGAAGCGCAAAGAGGUUCAGCACAGUACGUCGAGAGAGGACACGCGAGCCCCGACGAUGCCGGCAUGAACCUGGAGGAGUUUGGCCGGCAGCUGGACGUGUUGGAGAGCUUGGUGGGGCAGGAGCGGCCAACACAACGAGAAGACUGGCGCAGGAAGCUCCGGGAAUUGCGAAACGAGCACGUUUUCUUGCGAGAUCAGCUGGGAAGGUUCGACCAAGGGCGGCGAAAGGUCGGCCAGGAGGCCAAGGAACGGGAGGAGCUGUUGGCGCGAAGACAUGCGGCUCUGCCAUCAUCGGUGAUGGACGCCUACGCUGAGGAGGGGAGCUCCUUGCUGAGGUCGCGGAGAAUGGUCGGUGAUUACCUGCAAACAGGCCAAGCUUCGCUCACUAGUCUCGUGGAGCAGAGGUCGCGCUUAAAGGCGAGGGAGAACGCACAUCGAAAGGUGCUAGAUAUGGCGAACAUCCUUGGCUUGAGCAACUCCAUCUUGAGAGUGUCAGAUAGAAGACAGGCCGUUGACAGGCUCCUGGUGCUUGGGGGCAUCAUCGUAACGUCUGCGUUUUUGUGGUGGAUGUGGGGCAGGCGGGUUGCAUCGUAGGUUCCCUGUUCCCCUGUGACCCCAAAUGUGAUGCGUGGGUCUUGGCUCUUGCUUGGUGGUGCGGUGCCUUAGGUGGCACCGGUCGCUCAUAAGCGCAGGAGAUACAUCAACAGAGCACCGCCGUUGAAGUGUCAGCACUACAGUUUCUAGAGUAGUCUAAAAGUGUUUUGUUUUCGUUGUUGGUGCCUUGUACGCGGAGAUUGACGUCUGCUCAAUAGUUGUAGGGCGCAGCGCCUUUGCGGUGCGCAACUGAUUUUGCGUGCCCGGGAUGUUAGCUCGGGCGGUACCAGACAUGAGGGACAACUAAAAGGAACAAAGGUCGUUUUUUUAUAUACCGUGGUGUUCUAGAAAGAGGUACAGUUGGGUUAGAACCGAUAACAUCGGCGGUUCAAACAGAUACCGGCAUCUUUCCGUAAAACUGGAGAUGCGCGUUGAUAAUAUUUGGACGCCCAUG